AUGGAUCACCAAGAUUCCGCCGGGGGCUUUGCUAAGAGACCCUUCGUUUUACCAGAUGACUUGCCCAAGUCGUUAGAUGACCGCAGGAAUGUACCCACGUAUGCAGUCGAGACAGAGAUCUACGAUGCCUGGCAGGGGCAGGCUCAAAUUCUUUCAUCCACCGCUCUAGCCAAACCGCUCCAAUAUCGUAGCCUCUCGAUAGACUAUGACAACGGCCUUCCGGCCCCAAAAUCUCACAACAAAGAAAAUAGAUUAACAGAAAUGCUUGCUGCGCAAGCUGCCCACAGGGAAAUUUCUAUGAUUGAUGAUGAAGAUGUAGUUAUCGCCGACGGGAGAUUAUCUGAAGCAGAAAAAAAAGAGGCCCUACAGAAAACAUUAAAUAUGGCUGCUAGUAAUGGGGAUGUAGAGAGAAUCCAUCGUAUCCUUAAGGGUAAAGCUAAGAGUUAUGUGGAUAUUGACGCUCCGGAUGAAGAAGGAACACCUCCAUUGAUAUAUGCCUGUUGUUUUGGCCACGAAAUAGUAGUUAUAGCUCUUCUUGACGCCGGCGCCAAAGUUGACUGCCAGGACCGCAAUCAGUGGAGUCCCCUCAUGUGGGCCAUGACAAAUCGACACAAAAGUAUUUCCAAAGCACUUCUAGACCGUGGUGCUUCAGUAGAUGUCAAAUCUGCCUCUGGUCGGACGGCUUUUGACUUCGUCACCUCUGACAGUGACUUUUCUGAGUAUCUACAAGGUAGUGGGUAUAACAUUGGCAAUGUUGGAGUCACAGACGAUUUCUAUGUUCCAGGCUUCUCCCAGGAUCGUUUCGAAGAAGAGAUGGCCGAGAAUGAGAUGCGGAGACGCAUGAUGAUGGAAAGUGCGCGGGAUCUCGAGGUUGAUAUCGGGAACAUGGGGUUUGACGACCAGCCCGAAACGCCAGAAGAAUUUGAGGAAGAAGCACAAGAAUUUGACUGGAACAGAUGUCUGCACGAUCAGAUGUUUGUAUUUCAGGAGAGCGAACUCAGUCGAAUCCUCGGUAUCAUCAUCACAAACAUGACCCCGCAGCGGUCAGCUUCUCAGAAGCCUGUACCAGCUAAUAUUCUAUUUCUUAGUGCAAGAUACGCUCAUUACCAUGCAAAUCAAGACUUGUUAGCCAAACUUUUGGUCACAGCUAUGGAGAAGAUUAACGAUGUUGUUGAGUCACAUCAGUGGGACAUGACUAUAUUAGCGUUUUGGAUAUCUAAUGCGACGUUACUCCUUCAUUAUCUCAAAAAAGAUGGCGGAUUAGCUAACGCUACUUCUGAAUUCCAACUCCAGCUUGCCGAAUUGAUAAACGAAAUAUUCGUACUGAUUAUCCGUGAUGCUGAGAGGAGAAUGAACAAGGUAUUAGAUUCGUCUAUGCUAGACCAUGAGACCAUCGCAGGCUUUGAGGAUAUAGCAUUUAAGCACGAAUGGAAGAUCUUUAAACGCAAAAAUCAGGUCAAGGAAGAGCCAGCGGAUAAAAGGUUCCGACCUCCAUCGCCCAAAGCAAGAUCAAAACCAUCGCCGAGGAAUGUGACAUCUCUUCUUUCUUCCACCUUGUUUGUUUUGGAUUUAUACGACAUACAUUCGGUUAUCACUGCACAAAUACUGGCCCAGUUAUUCUAUUGGCUCGGAGCCGAAUUAUUUAAUCGUAUUAUGACAAACCGGAAGUACAUGGCACGAACCAAAGCAAUGCAAAUACGCAUGAACGUAUCCAUAUUAGAGGAGUGGGCAUGUUCCAAUAACCGACAGCCAGAUCACUUUGAGGAAGGGUCCAUGACUUCAACAGGUGAAAGCACUAUCGACGCUGCGCGUCACCAUCUUGCCCCUGUUAUCCAGCUUUUGCAGUGGCUACAGUGCUUCUCAUCUUUAGCCCCAGAUGACUUUGAGGCCCUUAUUGAUACCCUUCAACAACUUACCUUUCUUUCUCCAGAGCAACUAAUCCACGCUGUAGAAAAUUAUCGACCCGAAGUUGGAGAGAAGGGACUUCCUAAAAGUGCUAUGAAGUACCUAGUAAAUCUACAGAAGGAGUGGCACUGGCGACGAGAAAAAUUGAGGAGUGAACAGCGGACCUUUUCGAGAUCUCAGCCUUUAGCUCGCCAGCCAGAUAAUUUCAAAGCGUCGAGUUCAGAUGAUACUGAGGCACAACAUUCGAGUCGCGCUAGAAAUCCCUCGUUUAAUACUACUACCCCGACCGGCGAAGAAGAAGUUGCAGGCUCCGAGGGACUCUUUAUGGAUCCAGCUCUUAUGCUACCAUUUUCUCUUCCUACAAGCACUGACAUGCUUGUAAGCUAUGGGGCAGGUUUUGGAGGUUUGAACCGUGAGCGAGAGCGCAAGUACAUUCCUACAGUACCCCCUGAAUUUUUGGCGAAGCUUGAUAUCAAUGGUGGGCGCACAGCUUCUGUGCUAGCAGAAAAAGACUGGGAGAAUGAAGACGAUUGA